AUGGGCACCUGCACGCUAGAACUCCCACCGAAUAACAUACUGACAGUGUUUGAUGAAUUCACCAUCAAGCUCCAUGGCUCUGUAUCGGGAGAGGAGGUGGUGUAUCUGUUGGACCCCAAGUAUCGGCCCAGCAAGAACAUCAAGCUCGAUCCUCCCUCCAACCUGCAGAGCAAUGUUAGCUCUAGAGGUUGCGUUGUUUCCUGGAGCCCUCCACUCAAGGAGCUGUACAAGUUACUCAGCUAUGAACUGGCCUUGAAACAGCUUGGGGAAGCCUGGGAGCGGGCAAGACAUAAAGAUCACAUCGUGGGAGUGACUGAAACUACCAUUGAAGCCUUCGAAUUUUCCCCUGGCUUAACCUAUGAGAUCCGGCUGCGCUCUCGCCUGGGCUCCCAAGAAAUAGGCGAACCCUUGGGUGACAAGGAAGCAGAUUUCAGCUAUCGGAGCCAAUGGAGCGAAUGGAGUCCAGCCCUGCAGUUCCAGUCUCCCAACUCUCUAGAAGUCUCCUCCCCAUCCCAAGAAGGCCCUAUCAGCAUGAUCAUCAUUUUCUCCAUCUUCCUUUUCCUGAUCAGUCUGCCUUACAUCCUUUUCAAGCUAUUUCCCAGAGUGAAGAAAACCUUCUAUCAGAACGUACCCUCGCCCGCAGCUUUCUUCCGGCCCCUCUACACUGUACAUAAUGGAAACUUUCAGGUAAUCUGGGAAAGCUAUGCCUCCCCCCAUUCCCCAAGGGCUACUUGGGCCCAAUCUGACCUCCUUGGUCCCCAGCUCAGAAGGCAGGGGGCCAUGGAUAGGAGGGUCUUGACCAGAGACGAGUUCUUGGGACUCAUAUUCCAGGAGUCAAUUUCUCACCUCACCUACUUCCCGAUGAGACCUAAGAAGAUAGAUGUCAUGGAUGAGGAGGAUCCCUGCAAGCCCAGAGUCCCUGAGGAGACGACCCAGAAGGACCCAGAGUCUAAGUACCUCAGUGUUGAAGAGCUGAAGACGUGGCAGCUAUCUGGGGUGAUAAUAGAUGGGCAUGGUGAUCAUGGUGAUGCUCAGGGUCCCCCAGGCUUCCCUGGAGCCAGCCAGGCUAGUUCAUUAGCUAUAAGAUGCCCACCCAUUUCCCUGAAGCAAGAGGAUCAGAUUCCGGAGAGCUAUUCCCCCAGCAAUAGUGAUUACUGUACUCUAUAA